GCCCUCCUCUGGGGAUCGCUGUGCGCGGGUUCUGGGCGUGGGGAGGCCGAGACUCGGGAGUGCAUCUACUACAACGCCAACUGGGAGCUGGAGCGCACCAACCAGAGCGGCCUGGAGCGCUGCGAGGGCGAGCAGGACAAGCGGCUGCACUGCUACGCCUCCUGGCGUAAUAGCUCGGGCACCAUCGAACUCGUCAAGAAGGGCUGCUGGCUGGAUGACUUCAACUGCUACGACAGGCAGGAGUGUGUGGCCACUGAGGAGAACCCCCAGGUGUACUUCUGCUGCUGCGAAGGCAACUUCUGCAAUGAGCGCUUCACCCACCUGCCGGAGGCUGGGGGCCCGGAAGUCACGUACGAGCCACCCCCGACAGCCCCCACCUUGCUCACGGUGCUGGCCUACUCGCUGCUGCCCAUCGGGGGCCUGUCCCUCAUUGUCCUGCUGGCCUUCUGGAUGUACCGGCAUCGAAAGGCCCCUUACGGCCACGUAGACAUCCACGAGGACCCUGGACCUCCACCCCCAUCCCCUCUGGUGGGCCUGAAGCCACUGCAGCUUCUGGAGAUCAAGGCUCGGGGGCGCUUUGGCUGUGUCUGGAAGGCACAGCUCAUGAACGACUUUGUGGCUGUCAAGAUCUUCCCGCUCCAGGACAAGCAGUCAUGGCAGAGCGAACGGGAGAUCUUCAGCACGCCUGGCAUGAAGCACGAGAACCUGCUGCAGUUCAUUGCCGCCGAGAAGCGAGGCUCCAACCUCGAGGUGGAGCUGUGGCUCAUCACGGCCUUCCAUGACAAGGGCUCCCUCACGGAUUACCUCAAGGGGAACAUCAUCACGUGGAACGAACUGUGUCAUGUAGCAGAGACAAUGUCAAGAGGUCUCUCAUACCUGCACGAGGACGUGCCCUGGUGCCGUGGUGAGGGCCACAAGCCGUCUAUUGCCCACAGGGACUUUAAAAGCAAGAACGUCCUGCUGAAGAGCGACCUCACAGCUGUGCUGGCUGACUUUGGCCUGGCUGUUCGGUUUGAGCCAGGGAAACCUCCGGGGGACACCCAUGGGCAGGUGGGCACACGGCGGUACAUGGCCCCUGAGGUGCUCGAGGGGGCCAUCAACUUCCAGAGAGAUGCUUUCCUGCGCAUCGACAUGUAUGCCAUGGGGCUGGUGCUGUGGGAGCUCGUCUCCCGCUGCAAGGCUGCCGAUGGACCCGUGGAUGAGUACAUGCUGCCCUUUGAGGAAGAGAUUGGCCAGCACCCCUCGCUGGAGGAGCUGCAGGAGGUGGUCGUACACAAGAAGAUGCGGCCUGCCAUUAAGGAUCACUGGCUGAAACAUCCGGGCCUGGCCCAGCUCUGUGUGACCAUCGAGGAGUGCUGGGACCACGACGCAGAGGCUCGCCUGUCCGCAGGCUGCGUGGAGGAGCGGGUGUCCCUGAUCCGGAGGUCGGUCAACGGCACUACCUCGGACUGUCUUGUCUCUCUGGUGACCUCCGUCACCAAUGUGGACCUGCCCCCGAAAGAGUCAAGCAUCUAAGCCCAGACACCAGUGGCUCUCCAGACUCAGUGGAUCUGAAGAGGAAAGGAAAAAAAAAAAGUUGUGUUUUGUUCUGGAAAUCCCGUAACACCAACAAACACAUACAAAGCAGCUGCUAUUUUACCUUGACUUUUUAUUAUUAUUAUAAUUAUUAUAAUUAUUAUUAAUAUUAUUUUUUGGAUUGGAUCAGUUUUACCAGCACAUUGCUCUACUGUAUCGCAACAGCGGACGCGUCAGCAGGCGCUGAGGUGCUGAGCUGUGAAUGCAGAGCCAGCGCCAUGCUGAGGAGCCUCAGCCACCUCCCGUCCUUGGGGUCAUGUCUCCCGCUUUCUCUUCGUUCGUCGUCUCAGAACCUGCGACACAGAGAAACCCAUCUCCUGUCUUAGGAAACUAAAUGCUGCAAACUCUUCCCAGAGGAACCUUUGAAGACUGUUACGUGGAACCCACCUUCCUCCAGAGGAGUUUCCUUCUUCCCUCGUCCCCCCCCCCAUUGUGUUUUUCCCCCUUUUUAGACAGUGAGUUUAAGAAACAGCAGAUGUGUCUUGCACGGAUUAACGGGUGUCCUGACCGAGGCAGAGCUGGGAGGAGGAGGGGAGGGCGGAGCUGGGGGCCGGUCUGGAACAGAGCGACACUGGACUCGGGCACAUGUCGGAGCAACAUCCUUUGCUAUGAGGCGACUUCUCAGGUAACGAGGAAUUGAGGGGAAGGACCGUGCGGAGGCCGAGCAUGAACGGCAAGAGCGGGGUUUGGAGAAAGUCCCAAAGCGGGUGUGGCUCUGACCCAUCUGCUGGCCCUGGCCAGUUUUUCCCACUAACUCGGGCUUGGACAAAACAUUUCUUUCUGCCCUAUUUUUAAAGCUGAGGUAAGGGUGGAAAUCACGGUAUAUUGUAUUGCACAGUGAGUGCAUUCUUCGUAAGAUGCUGUAAAUAUCUUUGAAGGAGAAGUUGAAAUACAUCGCUUCCUCCUGGAGCAGUUCAGGGAGAUGCCCACAGGGGGCGCCCUGCUCGGCGAGGACUAGAGGAAUUCCCCGGGAGGCCCGAGACCCGCCCCCCUGCAGAGGGACCCCAGAGUCCUGCAGUGCUGGCUCUACCCCCUGUGGUGACAUGACUGUCCCCUUUCUGUGGCUUGUGGACACGGCUUUCUCCAGACCCCUUAAAGUGGUGCAUUUUCUAAAACCCCGUUAUGAUGCCAUAACUAUCUUGCUCUGGUCAGUGAAUGUUCUUAAUGCUGCUGUUUCAACAUUUGACUUUUUUUAAAAUUUAUGAAACAUGCAAAAUUUAAAGAACACACCACACAAACAAAACACACACAUCCACGUACACACACAAAGCUUUGCUAUGUGGCUUCCGAGGUUUAAAUUUUGAAAAAAAUAAAACUUCACGACCACAGACCACCUCAAACCAGAAAUACCUCAGAAUUUUCUACUCGUGUAAGUUUUAUUAUCUAUUUUAUUAGUUGUGUUGUUUUGUAAUAAGUAUAUUUUAAUGUAAGUUGGCUUUUAUGACAAGAAAGUUUAAGAGAAAUAGAGAAAAAGAAAACAAGUUUGAGUCUUGUAGGUAGCGCGACCAUUUUUGUUUGAUAACGCCCCUUGUAAAUAAUUGUCACCAACUGUAGGUCGGUCGGCUGUUGGGCCGAGUCCGGGCAUUCAUCACGCCUGUUGGUGAAGGCUUUUCCUCCUGGUUUCUUUAGACCAUUUUAUUUAAAAACUGGAUCUCUUCAUCUUGAGGGGAGUUGGUGGGCGAUGGGGUGAGACUGGGAGGGGUCACCUCCUCUUGGGUCAUUUGGAGGUUCCGACGUCUCCCGCCACUUGAUGGGUUGAUGUUCAGAAUGACAGGUAACCCCACUGUAACUCGGUGAAACUGUGGCCCUUGGAGACCUGCAGGAGGUCAUUUUACUUGAGAUUUGGUUUCUUGAGGACGUUAGCAGCGGCGAUCGUGGAAGAGACCCGUAGUGUGUCUGUGGAUCCACACUGACUAGGGGUCUGUGCUGGGCGAGCGUGGCCGGGGGGCUGUCACUGUUGCCGGGAGUUCGCAGCCCGCCGGCGCACCCCGCCGGCGCACCCCGGGGCCGUCUGCGGUGCUCAGCACGCCGUGAGCGGCGUCCCGGGCCUGUCUGGGCACAGGGCGGCAGGGAAGGGGAGGUUGCUCCCCCCCAGAGCUCAGUUUUUGCUUCAUGGGUCAAAAUGUGAGCUGGCCAAGGUGGUUACAGGGACAGGUGUUUGUUUUUUCUUGUUUUCUGUUUUUUUGUAAGCUGUGUUGUUGUUUACUUUAAAAAAAAACACUAUUUUGUGCUGUGGUGUUUUUCUUCCCUUGGAAUAGUUUUUAACGGCAAAACAGGCCUUACAGCAGUUGCUUGUCUUUUUCACUUAUUUCUUUAAGAAGCUUUAAAGUAUUUAUUGAAAAGUGCCAUAUCUAAUUUCUUUAGCUUUCUCCUCAGGCAGUGCUGGGCAUCUCCACUUCUCACCCUCGAAACAAGUGAACCAGUAACACAUGUAGCUGAUGUGCCACGGGCAUGACUGGGUCCCUGUUCUACCCCCGGGCCAGCCUCUCCUGCUGUGGCUGUGUCCUCUGGGUGGCUUUACUUUUGUGUGCUGGCUUGACUUUCAGAAAAACUAGUUUGGUCCUGGCUGUGGAGGGCUGAGCCGUGGCCCUCACGUGGGGACCUGCUGGUCAGGACACCUUCCUGGUGGCCUGCGUGCCUUUUAUCCGGUGGGCUCCCUCUUUGCUGACCCUGUGUUUGGCCACUGUGGCAUCUCUCUGGGGUCUUGGCACCAGGAUGCUGUCAGGAGAUGGUCCUGUUAGGUGUGGCCAGGAGAGGGGAGAGGCCAGGGGGUUCUGUGCCAGCUCUCUGGGCUCCAGGCUACCUCUCGCCAUCCUGCUGUGAAAUGCACCUGUCAGAUGGGCCGUGUUCCCGACGGCUGCUGCUGGCUGGAAGGAGGGGUGAUUUCUUCCCAGGGUGUGCACAGGGAGCCUGGGUGUACCCUUUGCCUCUAAGGUAUUUGUCUGUCUGCUGUCAUGUACUCUCUGGGGAGUGCACCAUCUGGAGCCCAGUUUGUGUGUGGGGGGAUUAUAGGGACCGUGUUCUUCGCCACGAAGAUUUCAGGUGACACUCAUUUUCGGGGAGUUCAGGUGGCUCUGUGAAGGACCGGCUGUAAGGGAGUCGGGCAUCAUCCCUGCCCAGGGGGGAGGCUGCCCCAUCUGCAGGGGGAGGGCAGCCAAGAACCCUCACUUUCUCUUUUCUACUAUCCUUCAUCCCAGCAGGCUCCUGGCUGUGGGACGGGCUUUGGGGUGUUGUGUUUGCAAACACUGACGAUUCCUGAGGGGAAACAUCCCUUACCAGAGAAGCUCAGCUAUGAGCAAGAGAAAGAAAGCAAGUGGGUCAGAGGACACUGUGUCACGGUGUCCUGCAGAGGACUCGGUGAUGGGAGGAGUGGGGCCAGGGAGGCGUGAGCGUAGUCAUUAGACAUCUGAGGCCGGCACGAGCCAGGUUUUCUCCUGGGACCAUUGGUCCCGACCAGGGGUCCUCCUCUGAGCGAGUUACUCAGGGCAGGGGCUGCAGAUGGACCAUAUUUGGGAGACAGGGAGACCUGGUUAUGAGGGAAAGUGGGAGCAUCACCAGCCUUUGUUACUCAGCAAGGGCUUCCUGUUGUGCUGGCUUCUGGUAGGUGCCCAGAGGGGUCAGCUCUGCCCGGGGAGGCUUCCCCAUGUGUGCCAGCUGCUUCUGACUUAGGACUUAUCCUGUCCAGACUUGGUGCAUGGGUGUCCAGCCUUGAACAUCUUGGGAAGCUCAAACCCCCCACCCACGUAUUCUCAGCCAAGGGAAGGGUCUCAUCUCAAGGCUACCAAGAUAGUUCUUCUGUUCCCCCGAAGGCCAGGCUAACCCUCUUGUCACGGCUUGUCACAUCAUGCUUUAGAAAGCAAAGCAGGUGAUCCUGUUCUGUCACCUUUCUCUCCAGUUGGCUACGCUCUUGUUCCCUGCCACCCUGCCACUCUGUACUGGGCACGUGGGCUGUGUGUGUAGUGUUUUCUUGGUGGCAAGCCUGGCUGUGUAUUGAAUGUCCACCAUGUGCUGUGUGGGGCUCAGAAAGCCAGUCGCGUGGCCCCUGUACUAUGAGCCACAAGGGCAGGAAGUGGCCGUCCCAUCCAGGGUGGGAGGACUGGAUGGCCCCCUCUUGCAAAUGGAAUUUUGCUUUUUUUUUUUUUUUUUUAAGAAUUCCAUGUAAAAUCCCCAGGACCUGUUGGUAAUACAAGGGUUUGUUGUUUUUUAGUGAUAUAGUGAGUGUAAGUACGUAAGGUUUUAGAAUUGGUACUAAAAGUCCAGUAGCCAGGUAUUAUUCCUGAGAACUUGACUCACUAGAAAAAUAAAUCCCUGAUUGGGAAAGCAUGUUCCAGAACUUAACUCUAGUUUGAUUGUCAGUCUUGGCUAUUUCAGUAGCCUGUUGGGUUCUUAAUGGCUUACCUUUGGAGAGAGAGCCAGGCGUGGUUCACUUUUCAAGGGCACUAAACCACAGCUUCCCAAGAAGCACAGUGAAUUUACUCCACCCCUCAUCCAGGGUGAGCAACCAGGGAGGAAAGGGCACGACGGCUUUUUCUCAUUUGGGUGAUGUGAAUUCUCCUUGGUCAAUGGCUAUUUACAAAAGCUGAACUAGUAAAAUACACAGCAGCUACUGUGUUCAACCAAGUAAUGAGAAGUUUCAGUCGCGGUGAACUGUAAUGUUUUUGGCAGAGAAACAGGCCCAGUAAUUCAGUUGAUGAAGUCUUUCAUCGUCUCGGUCUAGAUUUGUAAACGUUGAAUGGAUUCAGGGUUAUACCCCUAGUUCUUUAAGUAAGAUUCCUGGUCAUUGAUUUGUAACCAGCAAUUCACCUAUGAAUGUAUCCCAAACCCUUUGAAGGCUUGGAAAGUUUUUUUAAGAUAAUGAUUUAGUUUUGUAGGAAAAAUAAACUGAAGUUUACAACAACCCACCCCCACCCCUUGGAAAUUCAGUUGUCUCAGCUACAGCUACAUUUUAAAAACAAUAAAUGGGUCCAAGAGACCCACAAACUCACAUCAAAUGAAAAGUCCAGAUGAUCUGGUGAGGUAUUUUUAAUGUUCCUGUUUUAUAUACUCACUAUUUUGGGUCUACUGUAAUCUUUGGUUUGGACAGGACUUUGAAUUUAAAGGAUUUACCACCAUCUGCGUUUUUACCAAGCUGUUACGUUUCGUGAGGGUCUCUUCCAGGUAUGAAAGCAGCAGGACUUUCAGUUGUGGUACUCCAUGUAUCCCUGUAGUGCCAAAACCAGUGAUACUUUAUUGGCUCCUAUGGCAGCUCGUAGAGAUAAUACUAGUGGUUUUUUCCUUGUGAAUUAAAAUGCCCAUUUUCUCAACGCCAAUGUGUAGUGAUGGCCUCUGGAGUGUCUCUGGGUUGUCUGGGGCCUGGGCAAUUCUGAGAACUGCAAGCCAACUACAGGACACUAAAGAAAUAGGCACAUGGACACGUGUGUGUGUGGUAGGUUAUACAGAUGUGGGCUCUUCUGGACAUCUGUGGGAAAGUGUCACAUUUUCAGAGUUUACAUUUUGAGCUCAUAGUUAUGAAAAAUAUGACCCAUUAGCUAAUGGGUUUUUGUUUUUUUUUUUGGUGUGUGUUUUUUUUUUUUUUGCAAGUGGGUGAGUUCUGUCUUGGGUCCUGCAAAUUUCUGCUGUCGGUUGGGCAAGAGGGCUCAUCCCCCAUCCGUCCCGAUCACGUUGGCAUCAGAAUGUUGUUAACUAGCAUUGUAAAUAAAAGAAUAGGUUCUAUAAUAGAGAUACGACACUUGAAAUUUUACUUUAAGAAGAAAUCUAUAGCUCUACGUAUCUAUUUAGUUAUAUCACCUGACAGAGUCUUCUGCGCGGUGUGGAGAUUGUUUUAUACCAGAUUAUUUUUAUAAAGUCUAGUGAGUUUGAUAAGGAUGAUUUUGUAGCCAGAGUCAUGAGCUCUACCUUUCAGGAUUAAUGUACACUGGAGUGUGAGUGGGUGGAGCUUUGACUUAGGCUCACCUGGAUUCCCGUGAUACACUGGUGGAUUGGAGUCCAGUUGUGGGUCUUGUUUGGCCAGAACUCCACUGUGGCCACGUAGGACUGAUGCCUUGGCCGGGCUCCCUGCAGAUGGGAGGAGAGUGCCUGGGCAGAGGCGAGAAGAGCCUCAUGGUGUUUCACAUUUGCGCUUCCUCCUGAGAUUUCUUUUCAACAAAGGUUAAAAAUCAGUGUGUAAGCUCCUGCCCUAGGAUGCAGUCGUGUGGGGGAACAGAAAUUGAAUGGGGGUGCAGAUUGGGGCAGGUCGGGACUAGAUUUGGUGAUAGGAGUAAUUCACCAAACUGAAUGAUCUAGGACCAAAUUCUCCAGUUUCCAGGACAGGAUUGCCAGUUGAGUAUUUAUUUGGAAAAGGGGGAAGGUGGAGAGGGUGGUCUGUGGACAGUGAUCAGGUGAAACGGAGAGCUGCCAGGCACAUCUUGUCCUUUCUGGUCAGGGCGGUUCAGAAGCGAGAGUGGGUUAAUUCGAGGCUUUAGUCCAUCGAGUCAGCCGGGAGCCUGGAAGCUCAGAACUCACACCGGCAGGGCAUCUUUCUAAUGUCUCCAUAGGUUUCCUGCUCUUCCCACCAAGGUCAGCAUCGCCGCCAUGUGGAAGGCCUUUUUAUUUUGGGGUAGAGAGCUGAUGGUCAUUUGGGUGAGCCUUUUUGAUAGGGAUGUGGGGGGGAGUGGGCAAUGAAGCUGAUCCUUGAGCUGGUCCUGCGGCCCAGCUGGAGGCCUACACCCCAGACCUGCCCGCUGGCUCCAGGCGCUCAGAGGUGCCCUGCUUGGGCAGUUGUGUCGGGAGAGUCCCUCCUGUGUCAUCUUAAGUCAGCUGUGCUGCUCAUUCGGUCUGGUGCAGAGUGAAGUUUUACACUUGGCCCGUUUUGUACUUGGAAUAAAUUUCAUUUCAACAGAUCCAGUAGCCCUCCGGGAACCCACCCAUCGUUCCUUUCCCUGUUCCCCAUAAAAGACCAUUUCUGCGCCCUCCAGCCCGUCUCUGGGAAUGUAAUUCUGUUGUGCCUUUGUUUUUGUCACCUGCCUCCCCCCAAAAGCAACUGCUGUAAGCUUUUUUUCUACUUGUCUUUUCCAGCUCCCAGCCCCACUUAUUUUCUUUAUUCCCAGCUGUAACUUCUGGAUGCAGUUUCUGUGCUCCAGGUGUUUUAAGAACCAGUUACCUCAGACCUCACGUCGAACAGUGUCACCAUCCGGGGCCUCGAUACUGUAGGCUUGUAACAUACAUGGGCAGGGACCCUGCCACGUGUAGGCACUUCUGUGUUGUGAAGUGGACUUUUCCCAAGGACUGAAAAAGGGGGGCUUCUGGCAAGCUCCUCACGCACUGUGGUGGGCGGGUCUGGAGUGUCAUCGAACGGUGCUUCCUGUGUCCCUCUUCGAACUCUGCCAUUUUCAGUAUUCUCGUGUCUGAACGGGCAAAGUGAUCCAAUGGACUGGCUUGCACACCCGUCAGUUCCAAAGAUGAGCUCUUUGUAACACGUUUCCAGUCGCCGAAGCUCCAAUGUCGAACAUUCCUUUCCGUGGCAGACUCAAAAACCCACCCUCCACCGCAGUGCACUCGGGGAAGACGUCUGUUAGCAUAUGUUGCUGUGAAAUUAGGCCUUGCGGGAUAUGGCUGUUUGUCAUUUUAAUGUAUUUUAAAUAAAUAUAUAUAUAUUUUUUAAAGAGUCUUUUUUACCAGUUCAAAAAGUUUAAUUAACCAGCAGUCACCACAUCUGAAUUUUUGUCUCUGGGGCAUAGACGGCAGACCAAGAUCAAAAGCGGUGUCUCAGCCAAUGGGACUGUGGGCUGCCUACCUGGGUCCACCCGCUGACCCGCUGACCCUGGGACGCCGAGGUCCGUGUUCCCAGUGGGUCUCCACUCGGCCCUGGUGGUGUUUGGUCUCUGCCCCGCUCAGUGGACUGUGGACUUGAGUCCCUGCAAGUGCUUUAGCCCAAGUGGGGUUUUCACUGAGCACUGCCACAAGUCACGUGCAUUUUAGCCAAAUAAUUUCUCCAUAAGGGAAAACCGCGCUCAUCCAAAUUUUACCAGCAAUGACAGAGACGAGAGAGUAGGCUAGAUUAGGCAACAUUUGGGUUUUGAUUUGGGAAGCGUCCAAGUCAUUGUCCAAUGCCGUCUGAGAGCCAGUGAUCACAGAGAUUCCUAGGCGAUCUCAUCUGAAAGUGUUAAGACCUCUCGUGAGGGGAGGAAUUGUGAAAAUGCCAGCGGCUUUUCCCCCCCAUUUUUUUUCUUCUUCUAGAAUUUUGUAAAAAUGCAAAGAACAUUGAGUGGUACUUGAGAAUUGAGGGUGAGGGUUACCGCAGAUUAGAAACAUAACUUCUAGAUUUCAAUUCCACGCCACAAGUCAACACAAAGCCAUUUUCAACUGUACAAAAGAAUCUGCUUAUGGGUUUGACAUGAUCUUAACGGUAGUGUCAAAGGCCGAAUUUUUCACCUGUUAAUGUUUUUCCACAUUUGUCCUCGAAUCUGAAUAACUAUACAGUACUGUAAAUUUUAUAUCGAGUUUGAUGUCAGUUCUUGUGAAAAGAGCUUCUGCAUGUAACAGACACAUAAAGAAACACAGCAGCAGGGUAUAAAAUUUGCCGGAUGAAUUUUGGAACCAACGAAAAGUUUCACCUCUCAUUUGCCAUCUUAUGUAUCAGUUUUACCAGCGACUUCUAAAUUUGUACAUUAUUUGUAAGGAGAAAGAGGAAAAUCCUAAGACUUGUCUAACUUGGUGGAGAAUGUGUGUGUUGGUUUAGGAUGAUAGUGAAGUUAUUGAGCUGUGUUAUCUAACUUGUAUAUAAAAAAAAUUGUAAUUAAAAGUUUGGAUUCACCUGUUUCUUGCAGUUUUAAAACGAGUAAUUGCAAACUCUGGAAAUGUGACUAGUCUCUGAUUUAAGGCUGUAGAAGUGAGGAAGCUCUUCAGUUGUUAAAACGAAAGACUUCUAGUUUGGGGCUCAAAUUCAAUGAAGUACUGUUUGUAUACCAGGAUAUGUGAGGUGUAAAUGUAAUAGGUCACUUUCAUCCUUGUAGCUAUAAAAUAAAAAUUAUGUAGACCAGAAAUAGCUUGUACUACUGAAUUAACAAAAAUUAUACUAAAGUACCAUGUUUUUAAAACUACAUAUAUAUAUACAGAGUUAAGCUUGUUGCUGUUACCCUGUCUGGAUUUGAAAAGUGCGCUGAUAUAUAUAUAUAUAUAUAUAUAUUACACACACACACAUAUAUAUUAUAUACACGCACACAUCUAAAAUGGCCUAAAGCAGACAUCCAUGUAAUUACAGUUGCAAAAUGAAGACAUUUUGGAAAGAACAUUGUAUCAUAGUUCAUUCAUUUGCAGUGGAUCUUUGUUCCUUUUUACUGUGGUAAUUUUAGAAAUGAGUGUCAAGUUUGAAAUUAGCUCUGCGAAGUUGGGGUUUUGCUGCUUGAACUCUGCACUGGGUCCUCAAAUAAACCGAUGUGAAUGUAGUCCCCCCCUCCCCGUGUGAAGAAGCAGCCACACCCCAACAGAAUAGGAGGAAAAAUCUAGAACUAUUUCAAGUUUUAUCUUUUUGUAUAUGAAAAUAAAAUAAUAAUAAAAUCC